ACCCACCAAUGCCCCCCACUCCUCACACUGAUAUCCCAGAGCCGCCCCCCUUACCACCCACCACAACCCACAGCAGAGGGAUCUCUGCAAACCUCGACCUUUCACCUGUGCGUCCAACACUUCCAUUAUUCUCAGACGAAAGCCAGAACCAGAGCCGCCUCACAUCCAACAUGUCCGAGGAUGACAGAAAUAACCUGUCCCAGAAAAGCACAACCACCGCCACCACCACCACCCUCCCGUCAUUCCCCCAGAGUCCCCUCAACACCAUCCCGGAGCUGUUGAUCUCUGAGUGGAAGGAUUUGGACGAGGAGCCUUUGGAGGAUUUUGAGAAACUGGAGCAGCUGUGCUGCAUAUCCGGGGAUGAAGAGGACACCCUGGGUGACCUCUUCCUGGGGAAUCUGGAGCUGUUGGAUUCUAUGAAGAAGGCGCCUAAGCAGAAAGCUAAGAGCGCUGGGGAGAGUGAUAAAGGUGAAGAGACCUUUGGGACCUUCAUGCCUGAAGGGAAGAGGAGAGUGGAACUGAAAGAGGAAGUUGACGGAAUCUCUGAGAGCGCUGACUGGCUGGCCAGGUUGGCUCCAUCGGCGGUCCAGGAUAUCCCAACUGGGGCCAAACUUUCACCUCAGGAGGAGAAGCGUGAACUACAGUUCCCAUCAGCCCUUUCACCAUGUCAUUCUCCUGACUCCAAGGACCAGAGGUCACUUUCCAAGAUGCCCACUAAAAAUGGCCUAAUGAUGCAGGUGUGUGAGGAGAGACUGCAGUUCUCUCUCUGUGAGAAUGUUAAAACGAACAUCCUUCGGGGGGCGACAGUGAGCGACAGCGUCAUUCUCCGCCCAUGGGGGGACGAGCCCUUAAAUGGGAGCGGAGACACAGUCAGUGUGAAGGAUGUAGGAAGCGAAGAGGAGCCGGACCCCGAACCCAGUUCUGAACCCCAGAGUGAGUCUGAUUCGACUGACAGUGAACCACUGACUGUGAUCGAGCAGCCAGAAGUUACACCCCUUCAGCCUGUGGCAAACCAAGCAAUGAAAGCCAAACUGGCUCGCCUGUCCCUCUCCCUCUCCCUCCCUCCUCUCCCUCUUGCUCUCCCUCUCUCCUCCAGUCCCAAGGGAGGGUUCAGGGAGGGGGGGCUACACAGAGACAGGAGUGGGAGACGGAGGGGUGUGUCCACAGGAAGUGACCCCGAUGAGGAUGAGGAAGAAGAGCAGGAAGACGAAGGCUCCAGGAGGGUGAUUGUUGUCACGGAAACAGACGUUGGCAAAAGGGUGGGGCUUAGGAGUCUGCUGAAGUCGCCAAGGGAACCGAUAGACAAAGAGAAAGACAGAGGGAGAAAUGUCUCCUUUUUUGAUGAUGUCACUGUCUAUCUCUUUGAUCAGGAAAUUCCAACCAGUGAGCUGAGUAGUUCCACCCCCACUAGUCCAGCUCCAGCUCCAGCUCCUGGCAAAAGCACUAAAUUAGAUUUACAUGGAGCAAACAGCAAAGGCAAAGACUCAAAAGAAAAGGGGACUUGUCAGUCAAACCGAGGUCGCCCAUGGGGGCCAACCCAGUGACAUCCUCGCGUUUUACCGUCAGCCCAGCCGAUGACCCCCACUUGGUGUGAGGCAGGGUUCCGGAAUCCUCAGAGUUGUUCUGUAACCCUCAGAACAGGAACCUUCUGAGAGUGGCCAGUGGAUUCCCACCCCAACCAUAACCAUUCUCAGAGGCUAUUUUUUUAUCGAUCAGGCAACGGAAAGAAAAGACUCCCGUUCUAGAAGCUGGACACAUUCCAGGUUUUACCAGCUACCGGUCCUUGUACGAGAAAGGUUGUUGAUACAAUAACUCCUCCCUUUGCCACUGUAUCCAAGGGUCGAUUUAUAGACACUGGCUGGAAGUGGUUGAUGGCAAAGGCAGUUUGUCCUAGGCAAAGAAGAGUCUGGAGCUUUGUAAAAUCUGAAACGCAUUUGACGGCUAUGCAAUGGGAGUCAUUGUGUACCAGCUUACCUUCUCUUUACCUGCUUCUUUCGGUUGUCUUUACCCAGUAUGUACUGGGGGAUGCACUUUCUUUUAGUCAUGUAUCUGUCUAUGUGUAAGCUUGGAUUUAAAUCUUAAGUUUGUAAAAAACGAUUUUCAUUGCAGUAAGUCAUAUUUUAGGCAGCAGUUGGGGCCAGAAAACAUCCUAACUAAGUAUUUGAGCAUACUCAUUCAACAUUUGUACAAAUAUAGUGAUACAAGUGUAUACAAUAUCAUUUUAGAGCUGUUUAAUUUAGAUGUAUUCUUAGACUGCACGAAAAGAUGAAAACAAGCUGUUUCUAUAUACUUUUAUUCUAAAAGACGAUGUCUAGCUAUUAUUUAUUUAAUUGAUUAUUUAUUUAUUUAAAAAUGAUUUCCAUGCUAUGUAAAUAUUGUUUGGGAAACCCUGCUCUAAUGUAUCUAUAACAUGUUUCAAUAUUUUCUAAUAUGAUUCAAUGUAUAGUUGUCUUGUCAUAAUUUUACUUUGUUUGAGGACAAUUGAUGUAGCUUAGCAUGAUAAAAUGGAAGCUUCUCAUCGGUAAAUAUCUCCAAAAGUUAAUGUAUUUGUUGAUUUACAUUCAUUUUCUACUAAUAACAACCCAUCAUGCAGUCAAGCUCCAACUAGUCCCUUUGUUUAGUCAGUUUCAACAUCCGUUUAAAACCUGUAUUGUUUAAAGAAUGGGUUUCAUGGGAUACUGUAUAAAACCAGGGGAAAUAAAAACAACAUAAAAACUGUGAAACAUUUAUUGAACUGUUUUAUGAAAAUAAAUUGUACUGUCUUAUA